AUGGCAUUCACGAUCUCAAAGUUCUGUUCCGGAUGCGCGCUACUUCUGCUGAUCGGAUCGAUCUACCAAACGGCGGCCCAAGAUGCGUCGAUGCUCUCGACCUACUCUCAGAUGAGUCCCGAAGGGGCCCUGCAGAAGCUUCUAAGAUCUGAACCCAAAGCCGCGGGAAGCCAUUUCGGGGACGUGAAAUCGGAAGAUGGCCGGGAAAAAAAUCGGCCCGCUCACCUGUCGAUGUCUGAAGAAGAGAUAGCAUUCGAUACACCCUUUACUUAUGAGGCCAAUUCGGAGAAACCGCUGCCGAAUUCGGUGCCAGAAUCAGGUUUGAAAAAUGAAGAGGAAGAGGUUGACGAGGAGGAGGAGGAAGGAUCGGAGGAGCAGGAAUCGGAAGAAGAGUCUGUGGAAGGAUCAGAGGAAGAGUCCGAGGAACAGUCCGAGGAGGAAGAACAGCCCGAAGAGCCAACAGAUGAUGACGAUGGGUCGGCCGAAGGUCCUGCUACUGAAGAAACACACUCAAAUCAGUCUAGCAAAACGGACCAGAAAAUCAAGCUAGGAAUACGAAAACAGUAA